AUGGCAAGCCCAACUGGCCAUUCCAUAAACGUAAACGAUCCCAGCCUGAUCUCGCUGGUCAACAAACUCCAGGAUGUCUUCUCUACAGUCGGAGUGCACAACCCCAUCGACUUGCCGCAGAUCGUUGUCGUCGGUUCGCAGUCCAGUGGAAAGAGUUCAGUACUAGAGAACAUUGUCGGUCGUGAUUUCUUGCCUCGUGGCUCGGGAAUUGUUACUCGGAGACCUCUUAUUCUGCAGCUUAUCAACAAGACCCCCACCGCGCAAACGAAUGGCGACAAGAUGUUGGACACAACGGACAGCGAGUCCAACGUCGACGAGUACGGCGAGUUCUUGCACUUGCCCGGCGAGAAGUUCUUCGACUUCAACAAGAUCCGCGAUGAGAUUGUGCGUGAGACGGAAACCAAGGUCGGCAAAAACGCUGGCAUUUCACCUGCCCCGAUCAACCUGCGCAUCUACUCCCCCAACGUCCUUACCCUGACCCUUGUCGAUCUGCCCGGUCUCACCAAGGUGCCCGUCGGCGACCAGCCGAAGGAUAUCGAGCGUCAGAUCAAGGAUAUGGUGCUCAAGUACAUCAGCAAGCCCAAUGCUAUCAUUCUGGCCGUGACUUCGGCCAACCAGGAUUUGGCCAACUCCGAUGGUCUGAAGCUGGCGCGUGAGGUGGACCCCGAGGGACAGCGCACCAUCGGUGUGUUGAGUAAGGUCGAUCUGAUGGACGAUGGUACCGAUGUUGUGGAUAUUCUCGCUGGUCGGAUUAUCCCGCUGCGUCUGGGUUACGUUCCCGUUGUCAACCGUGGCCAGCGUGACAUUGAGAACAAGAAGCUCAUUUCCUAUGCCCUGGAGAAUGAGAAGAACUUCUUCGAGAACCACAAGGCGUAUCGGAACAAGGCCUCGUACUGUGGUACCCCAUACCUUGCUCGCAAGCUGAACUUGAUCUUGAUGAUGCACAUCAAGCAGACCCUCCCUGAUAUCAAGGCCCGUAUCUCCUCUUCCCUCCAGAAGUACAGCACGGAGCUGUCGCAGCUCGGCGAUUCUAUGCUCGGCAACAGCGCAAACAUUAUCCUCAACAUCAUCACUGAGUUCAGCAAUGAAUACCGCACUGUCUUGGAAGGAAACAACCAGGAGCUGUCCAGCAUCGAGCUGUCGGGCGGUGCUCGUAUCAGUUUUGUCUUCCACGAGCUCUACGCGAACGGUGUCAAAGCCGUCGAUCCCUUCGACAUUGUGAAGGAUAUUGACAUUCGCACAAUCCUGUACAACUCGUCCGGAUCUUCGCCCGCGCUGUUCGUCGGAACCACUGCCUUCGAGUUGAUUGUCAAGCAACAGAUCAAGCGUUUGGAGGAGCCUAGCACAAAGUGUAUCUCGCUUGUCUACGACGAGCUGGUGCGCAUCCUCGGCCAGUUGUUGAACAAGAACCUCUUCCGCCGGUAUCCCAUGCUCAAGGAGAAGUUCCAUACCGUCGCCAUUGCCUUCUUUAAGAAGUGCAUGGAUCCUACCGGCAAGCUGGUCAGGGACCUGAUCGCUAUGGAGGCCACGUACAUCAACACCGGUCACCCCGACUUCCUUAACGGACAACGCGCUAUGGCCCUCGUGAACGACCGCCAGCAAGCUGCCAAGCCCACCCAGGUCGACCCCAAGACCGGCAAGCCUCUGCCUUUGCCUGCCCGCGCCGCGAGCCCCUCUCUGGACACCACCGGCGAGGCUCAAAACAACAGUGGGUUCUUCGGCAGCUUCUGGGCUUCCAAGAACAAGAAGAAGAUGGCUGCUAUGGAGGCCCCGCCCCCACUCUUAAGGCUUCUGCUACUCUGUCCGAGCGGGAGUCUACCGAGGUUGAGGUUAUCACUCCUUAUCACCUCCUACUUCAAUAUCGUGAAGCGCACGAUGAUCGACAUGGUCCCCAAGGCCGUUAUGUACACACUGGUGCAAUUCACCAAGGACGAGAUGCAACGUGAGCUGCUGGAGAUGAUGUACCGUAACAACGAGCUCGACGACCUACUGAAGGAGAGCGAUUACACUGUCCGCCGACGAAAGGAGUGCCAGCAGAUGGUGGAGUCCCUCGGUCGCGCCAGUGAGAUUGUCAGCCAGGUGCAGUAA